CCCAUGGAGAAAAGAUCAAAGAGCUGCCUUUGAUCUUUUUCUCCAUGGGUUAUGACUUGUAGAGCCCCAUGUGUUAUGGGUUGUAGCUUGAUCCAUUAAUAAAAAAUAUUAUAAAUAGAAAGAUAGGAGAGGGUGCCAAACUAAUAGGUCUCCAUUCUGCUCCUUGUGAUCGUCCAAGGAAGCCAGGAAGAUCAUUAAUGGCUACCCCGGCAGGACAUGCAUCGCAUCUCUUGCAGAAUGAUGCCCUUUACAAGUAUAUAUUGGAGACAAGUGUUUAUCCACGAGAGCAUGAACAACUCAAGGGAUUGAGAGAGAUGACUAAGAAACAAGAGUGGCAUUUUUGGAUGGUGCCUCCGGAGGAAUGCCAACAUCUUUCUAUGAUUUUAAAGCUUAUGAAUGCAAAGAAGACAAUUGAGCUUGGCGUGUACACUGGUUAUUCACUCCUCACAACAGCACUAGCAUUACCCAAAGAUGGCCAGGUAAAAGAAGACGAGUUGUUUGAUUUUGCAUUUGUUGAUGCUGACAAGUUCAACUAUGGAGAAUACCAUGAACGCUUACUUAAGCUUGUGAAGAUUGGAGGAGUUAUUGUCUAUGAUGAUACUCUUUGGUCUGGUCGUGUGGUUGCUCCAGUGGGUACUCCUCUUUCUCAGUAUGAUGCAGAAGUCAGAGACUAUUUUCUGAAGUUUAAUGAUUUUUUGGCUACCGACUCUCGGAUUGAGAUAACACAAGUUUGUGUUGGAGAUGGAUUCACCAUCUGUAGACGUCUUAUCUAAUUAUGUGGUUUGAUUACACUCUUCAUGUAUGUUUUGGUUAUUAAAAAAAUAAAGUUUGGGGAUAUUCUUAUUAUGGAUAUUUUUUUCAUUUUUAAUGGGAUCACAUCAUCUGUAGGCAUCUUAUCGAACCAUGUAGUUUGAUUACACCCUUCAUGUGUGUUUUGAUUAUUAAAAAAAAAUGUAAAGUUUCGGGAUACUCUUACUAUGGAGUAGUUGCCAUUUUUAAUUGGAUGAAAAAUAUUCAUCCAAUU